AGCCGUAAGCCGACUGCGGCGGCGCGGGAGCGUUUGAGUUGCGCAGCGCGGACUGGCGCCUUAAGCGAACGAAGCGUGCGCUGGAUAUUAGAUGGCACGCACAGCCUUGCGAGAGGCAUUCGCCUGCCGCGCUGCGAGCGAGAGGGACGGUUCGCGAUUGCGUCGCAAGAGUCGCGUCAGCCGAAUCGUCCGACCGAUGUUUCGAGUACCUCCUUUGUACUCACGCACCUUCUCGUCCGUAUAAUCCACCUGCUGUUGUCGCCGUUGCCGCUGUUCGAUAAUAAUCCUGAGUUGUCGGUGUGAGGUGUGCUUCGCCGUUGGUUCAAGCGCGGUCCAACCAGGCACGAGCUCUUCUACUCGGAAUCACCAAUCGGCAAUUCCGAACGAUUGUAAGUCGGAGAUUUGCCCUGUAUCUAUCCUAGAGACGGUAGGACGCUAUCGACGCACAUGCUAUAGACUCUGGCAGCGAUCGGCAGAUGUACGUAAAUACCGUUUCACAACUGUGCCUCGUGUUGUGUUGUAUCAUCCUCGACGAGUGACAUUUCCGUCCCACCCACCCAGAUCGGCUGUUAUACGUUUCGUCGUCGGACGAACGCACCUUGGCUCUGCAGCCGCGCACGCUCAUUCAGCAUCCAAACGCGAAUGGACCAAGUUCGAGAGGCGGCGUGACGCUGGUCGACACAGCGCCGGCUUUUACCAGUCCGCAAAUUUUUACUACUCCAAGUUUGAACGCGUCUUAUUGACGUCGCUGUUCCCGUCCUAUCCUCGGACUGCCAGUCUUUGAUUCAAAUUUGUGAUUUCCGGUGUGCCGUUGAACGAAGAGAGUGCCUGAGAAAUCAGUGAAAAGUGAGGGAAGUGAAGUGAAUCAGUGAGGAGUAAAGAAUAACCAAACGGCGGGAAUUUUUCCGCGGUUUUAACUUGAGACUUGUUUAAUAAGCACGGAUUUCGCGUCGAUCCGCCCGAAAUACACAGCGGUCACGCAAGUGAUUAUCAAUUACGUAAUUGGCUCGGUUAUUGUAUUAUUAAGUAUGCGUUUAAUAAACAAGGCGUUUAACUGCCAUGUAAGCACGUCGCUCUCGUCGGGGUGCUCGAGACGCGUUAUUUCUACUUGGCGUGACUUUCGCGUUAUGCUGACGCCAGACAUCAUCAAAUGCUAAGCCUUGUAUUAUAAAUAAAUAUAUAUAUGUGUUAUGUAUCGCGAACCAGGAACUUGUAAUUUGCUGGCGACACUGCACCGCGUUCGAAAUAAUUACCUCUAUUCGUGACUCAAGGUAGGUUGGUGGUUGGUUGGUUGGUUGGUUGGUUGGAUGGUGUACGAGUUCGCCUCGAGUUCUCCAUACCUGCCCGAAGUCUAUAAAUUGCCGGCGCGCCGCUGGAACGGCGCUUCCUUUAUAAAUAGGUCAGUGCCCUGGAUCAGUGCGUAUAGUAUAACGAACAGGACGACAAAAUAAUGUGAUCGAUAAAUAUCGGUGAAUCCUACGCGAGAGACGAUUUCCUUUUUAACGCUACCCUCCUGCCAACGAUAAUUAAUCACCGCUCUACACUCAACGUUGAUUACGAACUACAGAUAGAAUGCGCCCACGUGAUUCAAACGAUACUUGACCACAACCCCAUCUCUCCUGGUCGAUGACAAACGUCAAUAGGAUCAGGGUGGUCGUCCUCGGCGGCCCCAGAGUCGGCAAAUCUGCGGUGGUUGUCCGAUAUCUGACGAGACGAUACAUCGGCGAAUACAGCUCGACAAGUGAUUUCCUCUACCGCCACAGUGUCACUAUUGAUAACGUUGCUACCGAAGUCGAGAUAUUGGAUACUUCCAGGUGCGAGGAAAGCGGCUGCCUCUACUCGCACAUAAGAUGGGGCGAGGCCUUCGUCGUGGUUUACAGCGUGACCUGCAAGCGCAGCUUUCAGGAGGCGAGGGGCCUCCUCAAGCAGCUCGCGGACCUCCGCUUACCUUCCUACUUCACAGCCCUCCUACUUGGCAACAAGCGCGACCUGGAUCAUGCGAGAGAGGUGUGCGUAGACGAGGGUCAGCAGUUGUCGCUGGCUCAUGGGUGCCAAUUCUACGAGGUAAGCGCUGCGGAAAGUCCUGCAGGAGCGGCCCUCGCCUUCCAGGCUCUCCUCCGGGAAGCCCGCUCGGUCCAGCUGCUCCGCGCUCUUCCGAUACGCCGGAAACUCGGCGUUCACUCGGUGUCGAGGGUGCUCGGCACGAUAUUUGGGAAGAAUACCACCAAAGACCGGAAGAAAAGGCCAUCUCUGAGUAUAUGACGUCUCCUGUGCGCGCUUCUCCUCGGUGGAAGUGACGAUCCCAGGAAUGGGACGGAUGUGAUCGUGCUGAGCAGCAGCGUGCACGGAAACUAGCGGCGUGUGAUUAAUUCAUGGAUGUAAUUUCACUCGGUUAUAUUAUU